UGCAUACGGAUCUUAGGCGAGGCGCGUCUCCAGCGAUUUCCUAGAUCGAAAUUGUGGUCGUUCGAAGUUUCAUCCUUCCUUUCUGAGGAGAAAGUCGACAAUGUCUCCCGCUCUCACGCAAUCCGCAGCUCCGAGCACUGCCCACAAUUUAUCACAAGUCAGCAAAGCAAUCUUUCCAGAUGGCCACAAAACAUCUGGCCAGCACAACCCGAUACCGGAGCUGAUUCGGCCAUACGAGGAGUUUCCCAAAGAGAUUGUCGGCCAAACCGUCUGGAAGGCUGAGGACUAUCGCAACAAUCCUGAGCGAUGGACUCAUGGCUUCAGCGAGGAAGAGAUUGCAGAGCUUGGAAAAGCUGCAGAUGAAUACAUUGCGGCGGGUCAUCCACUGACCGGGAUGAAGAAAGAGUUGUUCCCGCUGCCCAAGCUUGCUCCUUUCUUUGGAACUGUACGAAACGAGAUCGUUAAUGGCAAAGGAUUCAUUCUGUUCAAGAAUGUGCCUGUGGAAGAGUGGGGUCUGCACAAGUCGGCGGUCGCAUAUAUGGGUCUCGGCGCCUACUUUGGCUAUUUCGUCUCCCAGAAUGGCAAAGGACACGUGCUUGGACACGUCAAGGACCUUGGCGAAGAUCCCACGCAGAAAGACAGAGUUCGGAUCUAUCGCACAAACGCGAAGCAGUACUUUCACACGGACGGCGCCGACCUGGUCGGUCUGUUAUGCAUGGCCAAAGCGCUGGAAGGUGGUGAGAGCGACAUUGUUAGCACCCACCAUGUGUUCAACGUCCUCCAAAAGGAGCGACCGGAUGUGGUUAAGACUCUGGUCACACCGAACUGGUAUUUCGAUCGCAAAGGAGAGGUCAGCGAAGGGCAAGAUCCAUGGUACAAGUCGGCCAUUGUGUAUCUCGAAAACGAUCCGAGCGGCUCUCCUCGAGUCUGGGCCAAGUUCGACCCCAACAACGUGACGUCGUUGGCUCGCUUCAACUCUGGACCCGAUGCGAGGAUUCCACCGCUCUCAGAAGAGCAGAAGGAGGCGUUGAAAGUUUUUGAGGAGACAUGUACACGGCUGUCGCUGCACAUGAUUCUGGAUCCUGGAGAUAUCCAGCUGUUGGCCAACACACACGUCUUCCAUGCGCGGACGGCAUACAAAGACUAUCCUCCGGGAUCGGUUGAUGAGAAGGGGCGUGAAAGAGUACGGAGACAUUUGAUGCGAUUGUGGCUUGCCGUGCCUGAGGACGAGGGCGGAUGGAAGCUCCCAUUCCACGAUAGCAACGAGAGGAAGAGGGGCGGCAUUCAAGUGAAUGAUACUGCUCCGGUAUGCCCGAUAGAUGCUGAGUAG